GUCUUAAAUAGUUUCAGUUUAAAAAUACUAGAAAAAGUUCUCAAUCUAGAGAAAAACCGCAUUCCUUGGCACUUUAGAUGUUGUAGAAGAAAUCUUUUCGACCAUCAUUGAGUCAAUUGGGCCAGAGGACGAUUUCGAUUCGGCUAUCGUUAAACUGUACACGGCCGCUAUGGAAGAAAAGGAAAGAUACAGAGUGCAGCUAGACUCAGGCUUCGAAGUGUUCCAGAUGUUGAACCAGUAUUCCCAGACUGACAUUGGACUCCUCGCCAAAGAGCAGGAGGCCAUGCCUGGUCACGUGGCUCUAGUGGUAGUCAAUGUGCCCCUGAGGACCUCUCCCGCUUUCGUUAUGGGACUCUAUCAAUGCCAUCCGUUGAUCAUGCACUACCUGAGCUCGUAUCUAGUGGAGAGAAAAGAACCCACCUUUCUCCAGCCAGCACUGCUCGAUCCUAAAAAAGUAGGUUCAUUUCGUGUCGUUGUGUUGCUUUGCUUCAUGUAA